AUGAGGACAGAGCUGGAGGCUGGGGCCUGUGGAUUCUCCAAACCGCACCCCAACAUGGACAGGCAGCAUUCGGAAAAGCCACACAGCCACACCACAGCUGAUAGGACGUCAUCGACCAUGUCCCAGAACUCCAGGUCAUCCCAGUGCCAGACUCGGACAUGUGGGAACCCAGAAGGGGACGCCCGAUGCCCUGCUUCGCACAGAUUCUCCUCCCAUGUCUCCAGAUCCACAAAGGACCUAUCUUGCAUGAAGGUACCUCAGGACCCUGCCCACAGGGACAGACAGGCACACCCCACCACCAUCCUGCUCUGCAAGUCACACAGCAGCCAGGCUGCUCUUGUGCCCAAGGAGCACAAGAUGUUCAUGGAGGAAGCCUAUAAUGCAGCUAUUUGCUUCAAGAUGCUCCGGGACCUGAAUAGUUCAGACCCCCUCCACCUGAAGUACAUCAUCAAGAAGAUCAAGAACAUGGCUUAUGGGACCCCCAACCUGGUGCUGGAAACCAUCCAUGACUACUUUGUAGACAACCCCAAGAUCUCCUCCCGCCACAGGUUCCGGCUGUUCCACGUCCUGGAGGCAGUCAUUGAAGCCAGCGACUCCCUGGAGGAGGCCUGGGAGAAGUCAUUCAUGCAGCUGGCCCUGGAGAACAUGACCAAGUCCACGGAGCUGGAAGAGGCAUACCAGGACGCGGCCAGCAACGUGCUGCUGGCCAUCUGCAGGCACUCGUGGCGGGUGGUGGCCCAGCACCUGGAGACCGAGGUCCUGACGGGCGUCUUCCCACACCGCAGCCUCCUCUACGUGAUGGGCAUCCUGACCUCUAAUGAGGCAGUCUUCAACCGGGGAGAGAAGGCAUGCUGGGAAGAGCAGCUGGCCCAGAUGGCUGUCAAGUCGGUCCAGUUCCUGAACACAGACGUGUGGUCCAAGGAGCUGCUGUUGGCACUCACCAAGCCUGACCGGACACAUCAGGAGCAGCCCCCAGAGAAGGCUUUUCUGUUCAUCUACUACGGGCUGAUCCUUCAAGCUGAGGACAACAGCACCACCGUCAGGACACACGUGAGAACGCUCCUGGACACGUCCCACCAGUGGCCCAAGCAGAGGGAGGGUAUCGCGCUCACCAUAGGGCUGGCCGCAGUGCGCCACCUGGACCACGUCUGGGCCGUCCUGGAGCAGUUUGGCCGGAGCACGCCCGUUAAAUGGAGCCUCCACAGCUUCUGCCUGAAGAAUUCAGAGGACCUGCAAUGGAAGUGGGCCAGCAGCACCAUCCUCCUCGCCUACGGUCAGAUGGCGGUCAGGGCCAAGGCGCACAUCCUCCCGUGGGUGGACAACAUCUUGUCUCGGAUGGUCUUCUAUUUCCACUAUAGCUCCUGGGAUGAGACCCUGAAGCAGAGCUUCCUCACUGCUGUCCUCAUGCUGGUGGGGGCCAUCAGCCGCAAUGAGGGGGCCCACAGCUAUGAGUUCUCCCAGAUCUCUGAGCUCCUCGAGUGUCUGAUGGUGUUGAUGGAGAAGGAACCCCGGGACACGCUGUGUACAUCAACUCGCCAGCAGACCAUUCACAUCGUCUCCAGCCUCUGUAAGCUGCGGCCGCCCCUGGACUUGGAGAGGAAGUCACGGAUUCUGUCCGUCUGCCUCCACAGCGUGUUGGCCCUGCCACUGCUAGAUGUCCUGGAGAAACACACCUGUCUCUUUCUAGAGCCACCCAACAUACAGGUGCGAAGCUGGCGCAUGGUGCCCUUCACUGGGGCUCAGCGGCUGCCUGACCUGCUCCGCAUCCCUGCACAGACCCUCUACAACAAGACCUCGGAGGCCCUGGACCAGAUGCUGCAGAGCUUCAUCAUGCAGAACCCCACGGCCGACGAGCUGCACUUCCUGCUGUCGCACCUGUACCUCUGGCUGAAGUCGGAGAAGGCACACGAGCGGCAGCGGGCUGUGCACAGCUGCAUGGCCCUUCUCAGAUUCCUGAGCCACAACCCCUACCUGGACCCAAAAGAGGACUUCAGGCGGAUUGGGCAGCUGGUGGGCAUGCUGGGGAUUUUGUGCCAGGACCCGGACAGGGCCACCCAGCACUCCAGCCUGGAAGGGGUAGGCCACCUCUACCAGCUCCUGAUACGCCGGAGAGUGAGGGGAACUCCAAAGGUGGAGGUGCAGGCCCCCGAGCAGCUUGUCCAGGCCAGUGUGGAUGGGGCUCCCGUCUGGAGCAGCGGAGACCAGAAGACAGCUCCCACCACCCCUCAGAAGAUGGCAUUCCCGAAGGAUGGCAUCCUCCAGCUUGGCAGCUCCCAAGUCAUCAAGGAGGUCAUGAAGCAUCUCACGACGGUAGAGUUGAACGACCUCAUCUGGACAGCCAUCGACGGCCUGGGCUCCACCAGCCCCUUCCGCGUUCAGGCAGCCGCCGACAUGCUGCUCACCACCAUCAAGGAGCACGGGGCCAGCCUGGAGACCGUUGCCAAGCUGGGCCGAGCCAUCCACUUGCAGCUCUGCUCUGUCCGCGUCCCCCAAGCCAAGGAAAAUGCCCUGCACGCCAUCACCCUGCUAGCCCGGAACCACACACCAGAGUUGGUGGCCACCUUCCUGGACUUCUCCAUACCCCUGGACAGCCACGCCUUCCGCUUGUGGAGGGCCCUGGGGGCCGAGCAGCCCGUGAGCCGCCUGGUACUGGCCAUGCUGCUGGCCUGGCUGCAGGAGCGGCCGCUGCCCGCCGGGACCAGAGACGGCAGCCCCCAGCCCAAGGAUAAGCCCCGCCUGCGCUCGCUCGCCGCCAUGAACACCCUGCGUGAGCUGCAGUUUGCCCGAGAGUUCAAGAAGGCGGUGCAGGAGGCCUACCCCGAGCUGCUCCUGGCCCUCCUCACCCAGAUGCACUACAUCUUGGAGCUGAACCUGCCGGAUGAGCCCCAGCCUGGCCAGAAGGCCCCCGAGGCGGCCACGUCCAGCCCGCAGAGGUGCAGCACAUCCCUGGAAGCGCUGAAAAGUUUGCUGUCCACCACGGGGCACUGGCAGGACUUUGCACACCUGGAGCUGCAGGGCGCCUGGAAGCUCUUCACCACCAUCCACACCUACCCGCAGGGCGUGGGUCUCCUAGCCAGGGCCAUGGUGCAGAACCACUGCAAGCAGAUCAAGGCAGUGACCAGCCUGCUGCUGCCCAGCCUGCAGAGCAAGGAGGAGCGGGAGAGGAAGGCGGCCAUCCUAAUCCUCACUGAGUUCCUCUACAGCCCUGCCCUGCUGGAGGUGCUCCCCAGACAGGCUGCCCUGACUGCGCUGGCCCGAAGCCUCAGGGACCCCAGCCCCGAGGUCCGUGUGUUGAGCCUGCAGGGCCUAGGAAACAUCCUUUUCCACCCAGAGAAGGGAAGCCUGCUCCGCGGACAGCUGCCGCCCUUCCUCGACGGCUUCUUCCACAACAGCGAGCAGGUGGUCGUGCAGGUCAUGGGCACCGUGUCGGACGUGCUGCACCGCCUGGGGGCACACAGCGCGGCCGCCCAAAGCCUCAGGGUCGCCAUCAAUGCCCGCUCCUUUUUUGACGACGAGCGGGAUAGGAUCCGAGCGGCGGCCAUGGCAUUGUUCGGGGACCUGGUGGCAGCCAUGGUGGACAGGGAGCUAAGGGGCCUGCGGACCCAGGUACACCAGAGCAUGGUGCCCCUGCUCCUGCACCUGAAGGACUGCUGUCCGGCCGUCGUCACGCAGGCCAAGUUUGCCCUGUACCGCUGCGCCGUGCUGCUCCGGUGGCCACUUCGGCACACCCUGUUCUGCACGCUGGCCUGGGAGAGGGGCCUCAGUGCCCGCCACUUCCUCUGGACCUGCCUGAUGACCCACAGCCAGGAGGAGUUUGGCAUCCACUUGGCGCAGGCCCUCAGCUCCCUGCACAGCCGCCACCACCACGUCAAGACCUGGGCAGCGCUCUUCAUAGGUUACACCAUCUGCUACCACCCCCAGGCCGUGUCCCAGAUGGUGAACAGUGUCGACACAAACCUGCUGUUCUCUACUUUUGAAGAUCUCACAAAAGACCCAGAGCCCGGCAUCCGGGAAUUUGCCAGCAGACAGUUCUCCUUCCUCCAGAAGGUGGCAGCCAGACCGCAGUGA